AUGGGGGACUGUAUCUGGGGGGAGGCUCCAGAAAGUCCCAGAAGAGCGAUGCCCACGAGGCAAGGGGUGUACCAGGAGAGAUUUUGGACUCUCUCCACCACUAAGAUUACCAAAUUCAGUGGCACAGACGUGUCAUUCACCGAGGAAGACGCAAAUGGAGUCCAUUUUCCCCACAAUGAUGCCUUGGUGGUAGAGGCAGUUAUUGGGAACCACACCGUAUGCAGGAUCCUGGUGGACAACGGGAGCUCGGUGGACAUUUUAUACUCUGACUGUUUGGAGAAAAUGGGGAUUCCCAAGGAGCAACUAGAGACAACGUCCCAGUCGUUGUAUAGAUUCACGAGGGACUCAGUCAUCCCCCAAGGAACGAUUCGGUUGCCAAUAACCGCAGGGGAGAAACCUAGGCAUGCAACCACCAUGGCAAAUUGUAUGGUAAUCAAAGGGGGCUCACAGUACAGCGCUGUAAUCGGACAGCCGACCCUUCAGGCACUAAAGGCGAUAACCUUCAUUUACCACCAGAAUGUCAAGUUUCCCAUACCCAAUGGCGUAGGGGAAAUAAAAAGCAACCAAUACGAGUCUAUAGUAGCAUACUCGGACGCCAUACGCGGGUACAAUCAGCCUGGGAAGCUAAAGGUGGAUCAGCAGGACCCGGCGAGGAUACUGAAGAUAGGAUCCGAUCUGCCAUCAGCGCUCAGAAUAGGGAUCGAGGAAUUUCGGAAGAAGAAUUUGGAUGUGUUCGCUUGGACGCAUGCAGAUAUGGAAGGCAUCGACUCUCAAGUCAUGUGUCAUGCCCUGAACGUCGUCCUCACUUACCCUUCAAAACGUCAAAAAUGCCAACCGAUGAAUCCAGAAAGGUAUGAGGCUUUAAAGGAAGAGGUCGACAAGCUCAUCAAUAACAGCUUCAUUAGGGAGGCUCACUAUCCCAAAUGGGUUUCAAACCCUGUCCUGGUGAAAAAACCUAAUGGAGCGUGGAGAACGUGUGUCGACUUCAGCGACCUCAACAAAGCCUACCUGAAAGACGGUUUGCCACUUCCCCGGAUAGAUUAG